CGCGUCGUGCUCCGCGACGAGCUCCGGGAAGAGGCGGCGGAACUGGUCGUCGCGGACGUUGAACGCGAGGCUCCGCGCCGCGAGCUCGCGGCGCUGCGCGGCCGUCGCGUCGACGGAGCCGAGCGUCGGCGCGUCCUCGAGCAUGAAGCUGUAGAGGCCCGUCAGGAUCGUGGCUACCGACCACAUGGGGUUCCAGCUCUCCGGGUGGAAGUCGCUCAUCGAGAGGCAGAGCCGCCGGUUCGUCUUGAAGCGGCCCGACGGCGUGAGCAUGAGCACGGCCGGCGGCCGCAGCGGGUAGUCCGCCGGGAAGCGCAGCCGGCCGUGGUAGUGGCCGCCGGCGUAGGGCGUGUCCGCCGCGGCGGCGAUGACGUAGUGCCACUCCAGAAUAUUGUCCUCGAGGGGGCGGGCGACGAUGUGCGGCACGGGCUCGCGCGCGAGGGCCGCGAGCUCGCGCUGGAGGCGCCGCGCGGCUAUGGGCGUGGCCAUCGUUUGCGCGUGCGGUGGCGGCGGCGGCGCUGGGUGCUGGGUGCGCGCGUGCGGUGGCGGCUGCGCGGCGACGAGCGCUGGGUGCGCGCGUGCGGUGUCGGCGCCGCGGAGACGAGCGCUGGCUCACUGGUGGCUGGAAGCUUGAGGCCGGGCAGCGGGCGGGGCGAGCGUCUGCGCCUUCCCGGGGCGCUGGGGCGCUUGCGGAGCCGGGGGGCGUGUCUUCAAAGGAAAUCUAGGUGGCAGGGCGCCAGCUGGGCACUACUAUAUUGUGUGCGGCGCAACUCUGCUAGCGGCACUAACAUACUAGCAAACACACAACAAAAAGGCUUGCGCGGCAGUUUCGAGACGCCGGAGUACUAACUUAGGUGUAGCCAACUUAAGUGUAGCUGGAAG